ACUCUGUCUAUGAAACUAUUUCUGCCACCGCUCUUCACCAACCCUUCAAUAUACCGCUCGCUGCCUAUAGAAGUCGCGUCCAUAUCUCGCAUUAUCCAAGAGCAAUUGCUGGUUCAGCACAGAAUGCCUUUCUCUCGUUAUACCCCUAUCCGUAUUGUGACACCCAAUUGCGAGGUUAUAGAAGAUUCCGAACCCGAAAGAGAAGAGCGAAGGAGCAAAAAAUCCCGGGUGAAAACACCACGUACAAAAUCGAGAAAGGCACAGCACAAACUUAGGGACACAAGUAUCAUCGAACUGUCAAGUGACAGUAGUCCCGAACCGUUCAAGUCCACCCGACCAAAUAAUGCAGCAGCUCGUGCUCCAAGUAUACUAUACAUAUCAGACGAUUCCGAUGCCAAGGAACCCGAAGUGAUUCCUUCCAGGAGCCAGCCAACCACGGGAUCUAAUAUACCACUCUAUCAAGCUGAAAAUAAUGAAACACACGUCGAACAAGUGGGAACCAGCCAGGCAACAACGCCGUCCGUGCGUCCGUUACGAGGUGAAAAGUUAGUAGCAGAACAGCCUACUAAUGACAAUUCCGGAGAGGACUCUCCGAUUCGCCCUACAUUGAACCUGGCGCGUUUUGCAUAUUCCAGUUCUUCACGAGCUUCUCCUGUCCCAAGGAACCUCCCUAUCACUGCAAGUUCUUGGCGGUCAUCUUUUUCUAGCAUUGGGGAUUCUCAUCUACCAACGAUGAAAAAGAACAAGGCUCUCCCUUCUCCCCAUCCAUUUCCUGAUUUUUUAGACACCGAACUUGUGAAACUCCGAAAAUGCGUUUGCUGUGAUUUAGCAUGGACAGCUAGAAAGUCCACGGCGCAGAAAGUCAAACACAUACAAGCUUGUGGCAAGAAGAACAAAUUCUCCGACGAGACGAUUCGCAAUCUCAUAGCCAAAGAGAUAGAUACCAUUUCCGAGAAGGACGAGAACAAGAAGGUGCAACGCCCGAAGACACUCCUUACGGAGGCAGUAGAUGGUGCGGCUCCCAAAAAGAUGGGACGAAAGAAUCAGGCCGAUAAAGAAGUGAAGACCAUUCGAAGCUUGGCCGACACCCGCAAUGACAUUCUAGCUAGAGCAAGACUCCUUUUGGAUAGUGAAAUCCCUGCAGAUGUCCCAACCACUAGCAACGCACAACCCACGUCCAGUGAAGGCCCUUUAGACACCGAACCAUUUGGUCGUAGCGACCUAGCGACCAAGUUUGGUGGCAUCCCAUUGCACGUUCAACAAGCCGAAGUCUCCCACGCAUAUGACCCAACGCCUUCAUUUCCCGUUUUCCUCGAGCAUGAUGAUUCUGAGGACGAAGGCGUAUCCCAAGUGCAGCCGUUUACCGAAAGUGCCCUUGCAGGGCGAUUCCAGGCGACGAGAAGGAUCCUCGAGUUGGAUGAUAUGAUGCCGUCCCAAGCGUAUGCACCGCCAUCAACGUUCCCUACCAGCGUCCCUCUGAGUGACGACGGCUCGGAUUUGGAAGAUGUGCACGGCUCUCCAAGUGUUACACCGGUGUCUCCUCAUGCCGACAUUUCUUUUCGUAACGCAACGAAGGACGAUCCGGCGUCGACCUCUAAGUCGAACGCAAAUCCCACGUCUCUUUCUUCUCUCAGUCGCAACUUAAACGAUCAUCCUCAGCGGCCUCUCUCCACGACCGCCGACCUAGGAAGCGCGCUACUAUGCAAGGAGAAACUCCAUCCAUCACCAACACAACUCGACAUAACGACACGCCGUCACGACCCGUCAUGUGUUGCUGAGCCAAGUCCUACUGAAGAGUACCAGGACGCUUGCCAGGACUAUAACUGGAAUUAUACCCCCUAUGACGAAGAUCCCUACCUACAUUAUAUCUCGGAUGAAGACGUCCGAGCUGAGCCAUCGGCAUACAUGCCUGAUUUUCCACCGUCAGGACGGACAAAGGACAAAGGCAAGAGACCUCAGCGCGAAAAAAUUGGUAACAUCCCUGACGGACUAGACUUAUCAUACAAUAUCCCACCCAAUGACAACGCCAACUCUCAUCAUCCCUUGCAAUCUCACUCUCCACUGCCCGAUAAAACUAUGACUGAACCUAGGAUCAAAAAAGCACGAAAGAAGAAAAACACCGAGGAUCCUGAGAUUCCAGCAAGCAAGGCAAGGGACAUGCCUGACGAAGAACUUUUUUCCAAACUUAGGGAGUGCAUCUUGAGCGACGUGACCUUGCAUCAUCGUGUCUUACGUUACGAACCUGUGCAUUUCGACGUCUUUCUUCAACUUGCUGUGGGCCUUGGUGUGCCUGCUCGGGGUCUCAAACUCCGAGUCCGAGCAUUUCUAGACAGGCAGGCAAUUCAUUUCUAUGGUCUCGACCCAAGUGGAAGACGCACGAAGACGAGGCAUCCAUAAGGAUCUUCCAUUAGUAGUGGUUCUCUCUAUAUCUAUUCUUCCCUAUUGGAUAAAAUACCUGUUGAAGGUGGUUAAUAUGUAUAACAUUAUUAUAGUCUAAGGGUAACCAGAAGAAGGUAAGAGAUGAAUCUUCCAAUCAGACGAAUCGUGUCACAAUGCCACGUCGGCCAAUUGCGCGACCUCAAUGGUACCACCCACAAGAUGCAAACUUCCUGUCACCAGUAAAACAUGGACGUGUCCUUCGGGGAAAGAUGGCACCAGAGACUUCCAAGCUGAGGCCAGCUCAUUUUGAGUUUUGAGCUGCGCCAGGUCCGACUCGGCGAUGGCACGCGUAGUUAAGUCUGUAAGCGGAAUGAGAAUACUCGUUGGUGCCACGAAUACCGAUUCACGUACCACCCUUGAACCCG